UGCUGUCUGCUGGCUCCCCGUCCUAGUGCCGCUGCCUCCGCUCCAUGGGAUGGUAGUGAAACCAAAUUUUCUGGAUCUAAGCUAGACACCAACCCUAGAACACGGAAGCCCCCCAUCCGCUUGCGCCGCCGCUGUCUUCUCGGUCUUCACCGGCGGCCGCCUUGACCGGUGGCGCUCACCUCCGUGGCCAGCUUUAGGAUCCCCUUCAGUGGUUCCACAGUUACUCACCGUUGCGGAGUAGCCGACGAAAUGGACUCCACGCCGUUGCGAGCAACUUAAGGCCUUGUUCGGUUCCAGAGGGAUUGACAGUUUGACAAAUGGGAACUGCUGAUUAGGGAAUGGGGUGAACUGUCUGUCAGCGGCUCUGUUGAUCUGACUUUCUGCGACUGACUCAAAACGUUGCUGCACUUGAAACAUCAGGAGAUAUCACAUUAUUACAGUGAAGAGCACAUAGAACAAAAAGAUGGAGUUUGUGGUGGGUGCUUCGGAAGCCACAAUGAGAUCUCUGCUAGGCAAGCUGGGUGGCCUCCUUGCCCAGGAGUACACUCUGAUCCGAGGAGUACGGGGAGACAUCCAGUACAUCAAUGAUGAGCUCACCACCAUGCAGGCCUUCCUUGGUGAUGUUAGCUCUGUCCCGGACAGUCAUGAUCGCCGGCUGAAGGACUGGAUGAAGCAGAUCCGUGACAUGGCAUAUGACACAGAGGACUGCAUCGAUGACUUUGCUCACCGCCUCCCUCGUGACUCCCUCGGCGAUGUCCGAUGCUCCUUCAUAGUGACGAUAGUCUAUGAACUAUGGACGUUGGGGCCUCGCCGUGACAUUGCCUCCAAGAUUGCUGAACUCAAGAUCCGGGCACAACAGAUUGCUGAAAGGCGCGGCAGAUACGGAGUGGACAACCCAGGCAACAGUAACAGCAGCAGCUCUGUAGCCGGAGCCCCCCGCAUCACUAGGCAUGACAUUGCUGAGCAUCUGAUGGGUAGCCGUCAGCUCAUCCGUACGGAGAGGCCCGUGGGUGUGGCAGAAGACAUGGAAAAGCUUGGAGAUUGGUUAAAGAAAUGUGAUAAUUCUUCUGGAAAGCAUCGAGCUGUUCUGUCCAUAGUCGGUUUCGGUGGCAUGGGAAAGACCACCAUUGCAACGGCAUUGUACCGAGACUUCAGGAAUGAAUUUGACUGCCGGGCCUCAGUCACUGUUUCCCAGAAUUACGAUGAGGAUGAAGUGCUCAGGGAUAUUCUGAGUCAAAUCAAGCCACAGGACAGCGAACACGACCAACAAGGAAGUAGCAAAGGAGGUUUGGAGGAAAGAAGCCUAGCUACAGAUAUUAAAAGCUCAGUGAAGAGAGUUCUCCCACUGAUCUUUGGCCAAAGGCAGCAGGGCAAUGAUGGCAGCUCUAAAUGGACGCAGAACAAGAUAGAAACGAUGAACCGUGAUCAACUUGUCGAAGAAUUGGAAGGGCGACUGAAUGGAAAGAGGUAUCUCCUCUUGAUUGAUGACAUAUGGUCUGCAGAAACAUGGGAUAAGAUCAGAAGUUGGUUGCCACGUGAGAAUACAAAAGAUAGUAGAGUAAUAGUGACUACAAGAUUUCAAGCUGUGGGUGCGGCUUGCUCCGAAGGAAAUGUAACUGAUCAUCUGCAUACAGUUGAUGCCCUUAGUGGUACCGACUCCAGAAAUUUGUUUUAUCACAGUGUUUAUGAAUCCAAAAAUAGCAAGAAAGUACAGGUGCAUGAGGACAUAUGGAAAUAUUGUGGGGGGCUGCCUUUGGCGAUAGUUAGCAUGGCCGGUCUUGUCGCAUGCAACCCCAAAAAACAAAAUGAUCACUGGAGUACAGUUUGCAAGUCAUUAUUUCCAGAGCAGGUGGCUCCACUUACCCUGGAUGGUGUCACAACAAUACUCGAUUAUUGCUACAAUGAUUUGCCUGCAGACCUCAAGACCUGUUUAUUGUACUUGAGCAUAUUUCCAAAGGGUUGGAAAAUUAGCAGGAAGCGUUUGACAAGGCGUUGGAUAUCUGAAUGCUUUGUCAGUGGGAAGCAAGGGCUGACCGCGGAUGAAGUUGCAGAGACAUACUUUAAUCAGCUCAUAAGAAGGAAGAUAAUACACCCUUUGGAGCACAGCAGCAAUGGGAAGGUAAAAUCGUUCAAAGUUCAUGACAUGAUCCUUGAAUACAUCGUGUCCAAGUCAAGUGAAGAGAAUUUCAUUACUGUUGUUGGUGGCCACUGGCUGAUGCCAGCACCUGGCAAUAAAGUCCGUCGACUCUCGAUGCAGAGCAGUGGUUCCAAGCAUGGGAAUUCGACAAAAGGCAUGAACUUGUCUCAAGUGCGAUCACUGACUGUAUUUGGAAGCAUGAACAAGCUGCCUUUCCAUUCAUUCAAUAAUGGGAUAAUUCAAGUGUUGGAUCUCGAGGGUUGGAAGGGUUUGACACAUAACCAUCUGAAUGACAUAUGUCGAAUGCUUGUACUGAAGUAUUUGAGCCUCCGAAGAACAGAGGUUGCGAAGAUUCCCUCCAAGAUUGAGAAGCUUCAGUAUCUAGAAACUCUUGAUGUAAGGGAGACAAAUGUUGGCGUCCUGCCCAAAGCUUUCGGCCAGCUCCAACGGCUCCGCAGCAUGUUCGGAGGGAGUAAAAACCCACGGAAGGCGUUAAAAUUGCCUCAAGAGAAAAAUAAGGUGCAAAUGAAAGCACUUCGUAUACUGUCAGGGAUUGAGAUCACCGAGCGCUCAACAGGUGUAGCAAGCCUCCAUCAGCUCACCGGGCUAAAGAAACUUGCCAUUUACAAGCUGAACAUAGAGAAGGAUGGACCGACCUCCACACAAUUGCGCUCCUCUAUUGGGUAUCUCUGCAGCUGCGGCCUGCAGACUCUAGCAAUCAAUGAUGAGAGUUCUGGUUUUAUCAACACACUGGAUUCCAUGCCCGCUCCUCCAAGAUACCUCAUCGCCCUCGAGCUGUCGGGAAAAUUGGAAAGAGCUCCAAAGUGGACUGAGAAUCUCAAAACUCUAUACAAGCUAACCCUUUCCGUGACAGUUCUCCGUGCUGAUACUUUGGAGCUCCUCUGCGACCUACCUAAGCUGUUCUGUCUCACCUUCUCACUCAAUGCAGCGAAGCAGCACGAGGAGGACGUAGAGGACAUGCUUCAGGAAAAUAAACGCCUCGGUGGUGGGGAGAUCGUUGUUCCACCUGGAGGUUUCAAGAGCCUGAAGCUGCUUCGCUUCUUUGCAACUGUCGUGCCUAGGGUGACAUUUGCAGCGGAGGCAAUGCCAGCAGUUGAGAGGAUCGAUAUGCGGUUCCAAGCCUUUGAAGGGGUUUACGGCAUCGACAGACUUAAAAGUAUCCAGGAGGUGCAUCUCAGCGUUGACAAUCAAGCAGAUGAAGCAACCAAAUACUUGGUUGGAUAUCUGAAGAAAAACACACACAAGCCAAAAAUAAUCACUGAUUGAAGGACUUAUAUUGUCACUCGGAGGCUCGGAGCGCGCUCCAGCUGUACUGGUCCUCCCUUUGCGACAGAGGAUAUGACAUGUGGUUCAUCAUCGAAGUCAGGUUCUCUACGACAUGGAUUUGAGUGUGACUGUUUUCUUCCAAAUAAAAAUUACGUUGAUCUUAUUGCGUCCUAUUCAAAUUUGUAGUAUUGUGUACUAUCGUUUCCAGACCUUUUGCUUUUAUUAAGUGGAGACUGUUCCAUAAACUCUGGAUUGUACUGUGGCCGGCUGUAAAAAAGCUGAGACUGCAUCCUACCAUCUCGAUACUGCUUGCAUUAUGGAUUCUUUCUGUAGUGUCUGACUGAAUUUGCAAUAUGUAUGCCAUGUUGUACUUUUGCUUC